AUGUCAUACUAUCUUCGUGAGUAUACGCCUGCUAGCGCGACAGCAUUCAACUUCGACUGGCAGCCUUUCGGUAGUAUUUUCAUUGCCUACAAGAAAAACAAGGACAGCAUGGUAGCGACGUACAAACCGAUUUGUGGCAUCACUGCACGGUUUCCAAACGAGAGCUACAUAUUGACUCUAAGAAGUAGCUUGCCACCAAAGAAAUUGUCUAUUGCUCGGUGGGUACUUCAAGCUAGAGGUAGUGAUCAUGUACCGAAGAAAGCAGUGCCGUACGCGACCAAGCGAGUGCAAACCUUCCCGGUCCAGCGAAAUAGCGACGAUUGCGGUAUCUUCACACUUUACUUCACGCAGAAGAUGAACAACUCGCUACGUCAGGACCCAAACAUUAUACUGCUGCUUAACAUCAGUGCAAUAUGCAGCGUGAACAAAAAGGCCAUGUUUGUUCCAAACCUUUUCCGCAUGCAGUACAAAACGGGUCUAGUUAGCAAUCAAGAAAACUAA